UUUGGAGGAUUUCCUUUGAGAAGAACUGAGGCCUUUUCAGACCAAUGUAGAUCUGGAGACUCUUUAAACUGAAUUCUUGAUAUCGCAGCGAGUGACAGAUAAAAAUAUAAAUAUGGGAGUGUUUGGAGAGAGAGAGAAAGCCUGGCUGCACUUGACUUUUCUUCUCUCCAUUAGGCAGAUAAACUGUAGGCUGGGGAGAGGACAGAAGCAAAGGCGUUUCCUGACACUGAACUUUCCUAUGUGAAGCAAUCCUACUGGGAUGACUGUUGUCUUGCAGCUUGCACAAGGGACAGAGAAAUGAAAGAAAAGGAACUGUGAAGCAACUGGAGCCUGGAAACAGAAGAAAAAAGGAAAAAGCAGUACUUCUUAGAAAGAAACUCGAGAAAAAGAAUUUCAGGGGUGACUUCAGGAGGUCAUUGAGAAAGAUCACACUACAGACUUCACAGCUCAGCCUCUAAGAGACACCAUGGACAGCCAGCCACAGGAUUACAAUGAAUUGCUACACAAACAUAAGGAGGUCUUCUAUCGGUACCCACUGAGACUGGUCCAUGGAAUCCCCCUGAUGGAACCCAUCGCUCAACAAUGGGCUCCUAUUGAAAACUUCCAGGCCCGAUCAGAUGAUCUACUCAUCUCUACCUACCCCAAAGCAGGUACCACAUGGAUGCAAGAGAUUGUUGAUUUGGUUCUUGUUGGUGGUGAUGUGGAAAAAGCCCGUCGGGCCCCCACAUAUGUCCGGAUACCAUUCCUAGAGAUCUGCUCUCCACCUCCGGUGCCUUCAGGGGUUAGUUAUCUGGUGGAUGCCCCAUCUCCUCGUGUGAUCAAAACCCAUCUCCCCUUCCAACUUGUUCCUAAAACCUUUUGGGAAAACAACUGCAAAGUGAUCUAUGUGGCUCGCAAUGCAAAGGACAAUGUGGUCUCCUAUUUCUGCUUUGACCAGAUGAAUGUGACACAGCCAGAGCCAGGGCCAUGGGAUGGCUAUGUUCAGAAAUUCAUGGAGGGCAAAGUUGCCUGGGGCUCUUGGUACGACCAUGUCCGGCGUUACUGGGAUGAGAAAGAAAACCACAGGAUCCUGUAUGUCUUCUAUGAAGAUAUGAAAGAGGACUUGGCCCGUGAAGUUCGUCGUGUGAUGAAAUUCCUUGAGGUUGACCUUCCUGAAGAAGUUGUUCAAAAGAUUGUCCAUCAUGCAUCAUUCCAGGUCAUGAAGGACAAUCCAAUGGCAAAUUACAGCUCUGUGCCUGAUGUCAUCUUUGACAAGACAAAAGGCACCUUUAUGAGGAAAGGUGAAGUUGGAGACUGGAAGAAUUAUUUCACAGUAGCUCAAAGGGAGGCAUUUGAUGCAGAUUACCAGCUCAAGAUGAAAGGAACAACUUUACAUUUCCGGGAUGAAUUAUGUGGUAAUCGUGUGCCAUCAUCAAGUCAGCUUCCAUAAGCGGCAACUCUCUGAAUAAGAGACCUCUAAAAGAUAUUGUUAUUACAACCUUGCUCAUAUCUUGCAAA